AAAACAGAAAAACAAUUUAACCCUAAUGUUUUUAUUAAUCGUCGACUUCAACUUUUUUUUCUCUGUUUCAGCAGACAAAACCACUCUCAGAAACCGCAUUAGUUCUCCCACUCCGACAAAUACACGAAUCCAGCAGCCAAUUGAAAUCGCCGACUCCGACGAAGACACUAAUCCGCCGCCAAUUGACUACCACCGCUGAUUCGAAGUGAACAGCCACAGACGCCGCCGCCAAUUGUUGUGGUUGCGCUGGACUUUUCCGAGUCUCCGGUGGUUCUUCUAUUUUACGGUUUCUUCGGUGUCAUUGUCACGACUUCUUCUCCGGUGACUCACCAAAUUCCUCAAUUUUGUUUGCCACCGCCGCUUUAGUAUCCGUGGGUCUAUUUUCAAAGUCUCUUCCCAUUGUCCUCUGUUCCUUCUUUUUCCCGUGGGUCUAUUAGCAUCACUGUUGCUGUUCUUCAUCCAUCGGCUACGUCUUUCUCCUCAAUUGUACAUCGGUGAGUUUAAUCUGGACUUUUAGGGGUCAAAUUUGGACUAUGAUUUGUUGUUUUGAUUGGUUACUCAUUUAUUGUUGCAGAUCUUACUCUCCACUAGCCAUUGUGAGUCCGUUCAUCAUAAUUUUCGUAAGGACGUGCAAGCCUCAGGAACUGAAACUUGAAGGCUUGAGUUUUAGCGAACACUCAAUACCUUCUGGAAUGGCGUCUUCGAGUAAUGUCUUCAAAUAUCCUCCUCGUCUUUAUGCAGAAGGAAAAUCACCUUUGCAACAUAGAAGCAUGAACCACAAUUGUUAUCUGUCCAAGAUUGGUCAAAUCAGAGAAGGAUUAGGUAUUGAUGUGUGGGAUGAAUUGGAGAAGUCAUCACUAGGUGUGUUUAUCAAGCUAGCUGAACUAGAGUACACAUGGGCUGCCAAAAAAGUACAUCUAUUCCUCACAAAUCAGUUGAAAGUGGAUAACUUUCAUGAGAUAUGGUCUAUGAUUGAUGGUAGACCAAUCCGGUUCUCCUUAAAUGAGUUUGCUGCUAUAACAGGACUGAAUUGCGAUCCAUUUGACCCGUCGGAAAAGUUUGAAGCUGAUCACCGUGAGCUAUGGGAGGCAAUGAAAGUACCAAUCUCAGAAGGUUCAAAGUUCAAUGAGUUGCGAACUGUGAUGGAUCUUAGCAAGGCAUGGGACUUAAAGGAGAGGAUGAUGGUGGGUAGGUUGUGUUUAUUAUCAGUGGCAAUACAUGGAGUGCACCACGGAUCUAGAUUUCCUUUGUCUAGUGCUAUAAGAGUUCUUGAUCCAGUGAGUUUUGAGAAAUAUCCGUGGGGACGAGUGGCUUUUGAAUGUCUACUUAAAUCGGUUAAGACAGUUGACUUUAACAAAGAUGGUUAUGUUAUUAAAGGAUGCGUUCACGCUUUGCUUAUGUGGGUGUAUGAGAGUUUCCCUGGAUUAGGAGAGGGUUAUGGGUUGAGAAGGCCUAUCUUGACUGGUAUUCCACUUCUUGAUUGGCAGUCAACUCGGAAGGAUAUCGACCUAACAGAAUUCAUUAAAAACGAGAAGAAGCUGCAUGGGCAGGUGCGUGUAAGACACAUGCAAAAGCAUAUGGGUGCUGCGAUGGCUAUGUUCCGCAAAAGGUUGAUGCGUAAGCCUUCAGCGUACCCAAAUCAACGAAUAACUUUCUUGGACCAAGACAUGAUGAGGGAGCUGGCUAGAGAUUAUGAGCACUUUUCUGGAGGACGUAGGAGCUUCAAGUUCAGGGACUAUUUUGAGGAACACCUCAACGGGACAGCUCCUACUGAAUCAGCUACUUACAAGAAGUGGUUCAUCGAUGUUGAUCAUCUUUAUGCUUGCCUCUUUAUCAAUGGUGAUCAUUGGGUUGCUCUUGAUAUUGACUUGCGUGUGAGGAGGAUUAACAUCUACGAUAGCAUCCCACACUUGACCACUGAUCCUGAAAUGGCGAAACAAUGCAUGUUUUUGCGGUUGAUGAUCCCUGCCAUGAUGAGUGCUUUCGUACCUAUCAACAUACGUAAGAAGAGUAAUGCAAUGUUGGACGUGAAAAAGAUUACAAAGAAGGUACCUUUGAAUAAAGAUCCCGGCGAUUGUGCUAUCUACACACUCAAAUACAUCGAGUGUUUGGCUCUUGGGAAAUCAUUCGAUGGGAUUUGCGAUGAAAACAUAAAUGCCAUACGUGUUAAACUUGCAGCGGAGCUAUUUGAUGAAGUGAGAGAGGCAGCCAAACCAUCCGGUAAAUUCUGAGACAACAUCUUCGAAAUCUUGUAACUCAACACAACAUCACAGCCUCUAUUCUCGAUUCCGUAAUCCUCCAUUACCAUUCGAAUGCAUUGAGAGUAACUGGUUUCCCUAUUAGCUUCCAGAACUCGACAUCCUCUAUUUGUAUCAAUGAUGAACGACCAUGUGUUGUUCUCGAAAA